GCUGACAGCCCUCACACUUCCCACUUCCGCUUCCUGCAUUGCGCUGUCGAGAGAACUCCCAGGUCACUUACUGACCAGUGUUUUGGGGAUCGAAGAGUUGUGUGUGCGAAAAUGGUGGCCCCAACUUUUGGUAUCGACAUGGUGACCAGUCAAGCCGCGGCCGUGUCGCUUGAUCAGGACUGGCAGGCUGUCGGGGAGGCCUUGAGCAACUUGAGCUCACACGCCCUGCUUGCUCUUGGACUCGGCCGUACCUGGGGCGACAUUUUGCAGUGGCUUGCCGUUAUUGCUGCCAUCUAUCUGUUGGUGUUGGACAGAACCAACUGGAGGACAAACUUGUUGACCGCCCUGCUCGUACCCUACUUGGCCCUGCAGCUGCCAGGCUUCAUCUUCGACUUCUUGAGGGGCAACGUUGGUCUGUGGAUUGCCUUCAUUGCCGUGGUGAUACGCCUCUUCUUCGCCUCCCAGUUGCCUCAGUCUAUCCAUGGUGAUUUGGAGCUGCCUGCCGCCUUCAUCCUCCUCAUCGUCACUGCCCCCAAGUUGCUCGUCGAAUACCGCACAAGCGUCUAUGCAGAGGUUAUCUCCGUAAUUAUUGGCGCUUAUCUUUUGGUUCAGCACAUCAGCAAUGCUGGAGGCUGCCGUCCCGCAUUCGCAGAAUCCCGCGGUGUGAGCCACACUAUUGGCAUCAUUCUGCUGUUCGUUGCUCCCUUGUACGCUAUCUUCACCUACAUCCUCUAGAUCUGGUGGACUCCAGCGAUAGAAAGCGCCACACAUAUCAGUUGACGCAGGAAGUGUUCAAAUUGUUUCACUGUACAGCAUGAGUACUUGUUAAGAGUACUGAUCAGUUUGGAAACGUACGCCAUGUGUUCAGUAUGUUGUCUAUGAAUAUGACAUUGUUUGUCUGAGGCACUCAGUCGACGAGUACGUCCUGAGUUUUAAUCUGAAUACGAUUUUCAUGUUACAUAA